UGUUGAGUUCGACAGUGGGCCUCUUCGAUUUUCCGACUCUGACAGUCCCAGACUGUCCGAAAGACUGCAUACGCAACGCUCAUUGGCUGAAAGCACUGUCCUGGGCAGUCCGGGACUGUCAGGAAUGGAUAAUCGAAGAGGCCCUUGAUGAAAAAGCAAGCAUUGUUUUUAAACUUGCACUAUGGCUUGUAUUUCAUUAUGGGACAAGGAAUCCUGUGUUUGUUUUUUGAGAAAUGUUAUUCCAGUCAUCUAUUGUUUUAGGAGGAUGGGAAUACUUAUAGCAAUUAUUUGGCAUAACAACGUAAUUUCUAGGGAGUGCCUAUGUCUGAUAAUGUAACCAUUAGUAAAAGUGAAGAGACAUAAAGUGUCAAUUUUAAAGAUUAUUCUCUAGUUGAAAGAAUAAUUUUAAUUGGGUGGAAUGUAGUCCACAUUGCCUUAGUACUUCCAUUAUAGAAGUUUGCCCAUAGGAGUUAAAAAUAAAUCUGACGGCACUCUUACAAACUCGCACUCGUUUGUCAGUAUUUAAUUUUGUGUAAGGAUCCGAAACUUUGGUGAUUGCUGAAUUUGGCAUUUGCAAGGAGAGAUCAUGUUCGAAAAACUCCUUUGGUAACUUUGGUAUUUAUUGUAGCAUUUGAUGUCAUUCUAAUAACCUGGAACCUAAGUCACAUGUUUGCUAUCACUUGUAAUACUAGAUUGAGAUUCUAUGAACGUACUGUUAAUGUAGGAGAUUAGCAGUGGUGUUCACUAUCUUGAUGAUCAAAACCAAGUUUAAGUGGAAGGCUGAAUUAGAGGACAUUCUGGAGGUGGCGUCCGCUGACAGUGACCAGUGGGUCAGCAUGCUCGCCGAGCUACUGCGGGCAUUUCCCGCCAGUGGGACACUGAACUUCAACAUCGAAGAAAACUCGGGGGUUUUUGUUGACCUUUGCAAUGACCUCCGAAAGCUGGUAAAAAAACAUGCCGACAAGAACAUCCUUCCUCUGGAAUGCCUGUACCUCAACAAACACGCCCUGACUGCGUUAGUUGGCCAACUUCCGCAGCCCGUGAAGCACUUUGCCUUGAAGCGGAAGCCCAAGUCUGCUGCCCUUCGGGCGGAGCUGCUCCAGAAGUCGCAAGAUGCCUUGUCCAAUGCCAAGCGGAACACACCUUCUUCAUCUGUGCCAAUUAGGUGUCGAGGGCUUACAAAGAACCUGAAUGAUUCAAGUCCUCUGAGGGGUAUUCCAAGCCGUGUGCCAACAGGUGGCUUCAAGACACCCACCAGUGGGAACCGCCUGAGUUCCGGUACUCCACUUAGUCGGUCCCUCACCAAGCCUCUGGGGAACAAGAAAGAUGGCGGCAUCAAGUUGCUGGACAUCAAUGAGCAGCCACUUGGUUACGGAAGGGACGCCAAGCGGAGGAAAAAGCCGACGGAGGAAAUUCCUGAGAAUCAGAAGAAAGACAAGGAGGCGCCCACUACACCCACCACAUCGGCAGCACCUGUGACACCAGAUUAUGCAGCUGGCCUGCUUUCAUCGUCACAGCUCUCUUCAGUGCCGGCGUCUCCUGCUGCAUCGUAUGGUAUACCUACCACAAGUACGGCCUUACCAGCCAUUGCUGCUAAGACUAACGCACCAUUACAAGCUUCAGGGGGCACUGGCAGCCAAGCUGGGACCACAACCAAGGCGGGGGUUACGCUGGAGCAGGGCACAGCUGCACCAGCGCAGCCACAUGAGGCCAUGCCGCCCAGCACAAAUGUUGAUGCAAGCACAGGCAUGGCAUCGGCGGCGGCUACUGUGGUGGCGCCAACAACGAGCACCGUUGUGACGGUUGCAGCACCGCCCAAUGCAGUGGUGCGCCGUACCACGGCUACCAUAGGGGAACUGGGUGCCCUGAACAGCGCCACCACCACCACGCCUGUGCAGCACAUCGCGGUGCAGAAGGUGCAGCCCGUGGUGUCGCAGCAGACGGCAGUUGUGGUCACCACCCAACCACAGCAGCGCGUCGGGCUCUCCCUCUCGUUGGACCAAGUUUCUGAGGCACAGGAAAUGUUCAAGAACUCUAACAAGGUGUCACGUUCUGAGAAGGCGCUCAUCCUGGGUUUCAUGGCUGGUUCCAGAGCCAAUCCUUGCCCUGAGCUCGGAAACCUGAUCACUAUCCGGCUGAGUGAGAACAAGGAAGAAAUUGUCCAGCCCAAUGGUACCGUGAAGCAGGCCAUCGUGGAGACCCACUUUCAGAUGAACUACACCACAGGGGAGUGGAAGCGUGUGCGAAAAAUCCGGGAAGUGGAAGACUGAAGAAAAAAAAACAAGGAAAAGCUGGCUUCACUUGGUGGACUUUGCCGAAGUUAUUUUUUUGUGCAGUGAGAAUGGUCAGUCUCUUGAGAGGUGGCAUGAACGGCAGUGGAUGGCAGUGCAUUUUGGACGAGGCUCAGUGUGCCGUGUGUUGCAUCAGAAGGAAGGAGGACUCCACAGAUGGCAAGUUUGGUGCAUAAAGACACUAAUCUCCCAUUUUCCUCUCCUUUUUUUUUUUUUUUUUUUCUGGCCCUAGGCAGGCAGCAAAAGUCAUUGCAGUUCUUGUGGUGUCGUACCGCUUACAUAAAAAAAAGGAAAAAAAAAAGAAAAAAAAAAACCCUGACCAUCUCUGUAGGAUUGUUCUCUCAUGCAGUUGGCAGUUCUUUUCUCUCUCAGCAAUGAAAGUAUACAUGCACCUCUUGCAAUGUUUGCAAUAUGUGCAAGGUGUUCAAUAGAAAAGACACAUGAAGGGUGUUGCUGAGGGAGUGCUGUUUCAUGUAAACCACUUUUAUCAAAUGCACAGCGUCGAUUUUGUCAAGCUGAUCCAAACAGCAAUCAAACAGCUUAUUAUUAUUAUUAUUUGAAACAUUUUUGGACUCCGGUACCUUUUUUUUUUUUUUUUAGCUUUGCCAGGAAAUGCAGUUACCUGCCUUUGAUCUCAGGAGUGCCUUCGGUUGGCAUCAUAAUUUGAGGUUUUGACAGGUAUGUGGCCACUCACAGAGGGUCCUUGUGAUUGCAGACUUUGUAAUCAUGUGGAACCCGUGGUUAAGAACCAAAUGCACUCUUUAACCAGACACCACUUUUAUCACUGAAUGCUCCACACGUCAUUCUCCAUGUGUAUGGUACUCGCUCAUUCUAAUUGUCUCCUGCCCCCCCCCCCCCCUUUUUUUUUUUCUUUUUCUUUUUUUUUUUUUUUUUCAUUUGGCAUUCUUGCAAGGCAUCAUUGACUUCGUAAUUGGGAGCUACAUGUCGCAAGUCCAUUCUGGGGGUCUUUAACCUUGUACAGUAUACAUCCUGGUGUCAUUAUGAUGAAGUGGUUUCCGCUCCGUCGCUGUUUAGUCGCAAGGAGAUGACAAUUAGGUCGCGAGGCAGGAGGCAGAAUCACCGUUUGUGUUUGGGCCUGUGUAUGAUAGUUGCUUCGCUAAUAACCUUCAGUGUAUAUAUACACACCUGACCCAUGCAUUUUCACCGCAGGUAAUUAGUUGUACUCUUUCAAAACAAAACAUGCCGUUUUUAGUACACAAGACCUAUUAGGCUUGCCUUUAGAGUAAAAAAGAGAAAAAGACUGAUGCCCUUAAUUCUGUAUUGACAUGAGAUGCCUUAUUUAUUUCUUUAUUCAGUGCUAUGUUGUAAAACUACGGAAGUGCUAUGUCUUGUGUUACAGAAGAAAAAAAAAGCCAUGUGGGUGCGACGCUUCAUAUAUCGUGAAACAAGCAUUGUGAGUGUAAGAAGUCCUAAGAGUGCAAGGACUGUGCACUUUUUGGGGAUGCAUGUCAGUCUAUGCUUCCCUUUGAGUUAAUUGUUUCAUUAUUUGAAAUCGUACUAGUUGGAGUGCAGAAGUAACUGUGCACUUUAUUGCUGUAUAAUGUACACUGUGUAAUAUCCUCUUCCCUCAUACUGAAGGUCCCAUGUUUGGAGAAGAAAAAAUGAUACAAAUAAAUAUUUUCGCAAUGUU